AGACCUGUCAUUCAAAAUAAUAAUGCAUGGUUAGGCUGAACUGCUGUUAGCUAAGAAUUAACAGUUAAAAUGAUGAGAAAAAGAAAGAAAAGAGAGGGAAACACUACGUGUGGGUGGAAAAAGGGGUGUCGAGAAAAUGCAUGCGGUAUGGAAACGAUUUUAUAUUGUGGGUAUAAGAGGGAUACACUUGCAGAAAGAGAGCGAGAGAGCGGAGGCGGGGUGUACGGAGGUUUCCCUUGUCCACUUCCUGUUCUGUCGUUGUUUCGUGGUCAACUUCCCGUCACAUGAUUUUGAGCAACAACAGAUUCUCACUGGCGUAAACACAGUUCGCCCACGCAAACACAUGCACAGAAAAAAAAUAAUAAAUCACACAUUAACACACACAUAUAUGCAUGCACAAAAUCUCAAAGUUCAUAAUUUAACACACCUCAUAACAUUAACAAAGAGACAGCCGUUCAAACACAUACAAAUGCAAAAUAAUGCACAGUCUUGUUCUUGUGACUGACACACACACGCACACGACAGGAAGCUUUGCUCUCACUCAUGUCAUAUACACUUACACGCACACCCACGCCUUACCUGCCAGUUUGAAAACUCUUACGUUCUUUACACUCAAGUCACUAACCACAACAGAUGCGAAUCUCAAGAUAACACUCUGAGCCGCAAGCACAAUAAGCCCAAAAAGUCUCAUAACUUGCCAGCAUCUUUGAAGACAACACACUUUCAUCCUAGAGCUUUUGUUAAUUGUUCAAAAAAUCUGUUAGUCCGGAUUCAGCCCUGUUUGCUCUACCGUCUGUCUGUUCACCAUGACUGAGACCCUCUCUGGACCGAGAGAAGAUGGUGAUCAAUGGGAGACUUUUUCAGAUGCUAUGAGCGUCUUUUAACUCGAGGGUGCAGCCAUUUGCAAAACGCCACAUGGCUGACCAUACAUCUCCGGAGCCCGAGUCGCUCUCCUUCACUCCCAUGUUUCGCCCUCAGACAGAAGGACAAAGGUCAAGCCACGACCUUUACCAACAAGGAUCAAUGAAUGGCCUCGGCCAGUUUGAGGUCCCGUGUGAAGCCACGAAUGGCACCGGGAGCUCUAUGAAUGGAAUAGAUCAAUCAGCGAACGCUGCUUACUGGGGGAAUACGUCCCCUGUGUCCUCUAUGGGACUGAACAGGAACAAGACACAAGCUGGAGUUUAUGAAACUGACUGGAGUUCUCACUGCCACCAACAAGAGGCAUCAGAGAGCUAUGAAAUAACUGGGCGCCAGCAACAAAAACUGGAUUCUUUCUCCGAGGCGUUUUGCAGUCGUAGCACCUACAGAAUGCUGGGUGGAGGAGAGCAGAGCAGCUUCAACAACUCUACUCCUCCCUCACAUAACCUCUCCUUCCCUCUGGUUCUUAGCCCACCGCCAACACCCCUGCCGGCUCCAUCCUUUUCUCCUCCUAAACGACCUCAACACUUGUUGCCUGGCCAGAUCUUGAGCCAAUCGCAGAUACAGACUCAGAUCGAUGGGUCGCUGCAGUUCUUUCCCUCUUUACCUUCGCCCUCCACCGGCAGAUACAAUCACCCCAUUUGGCUCCAGCUGCAAGCUGACGAUAACAACGGCCUGGACUUAACGCAGCACCUCCCACAAGAUUCAAACUCCUCCAUGGUUUAUGCAGAGCAUGGAGGGCCUCAUCUGAAACAAAUAAACUCCCUGCAGAAAGACUGUUCACUGCAAAUGUCCCUCAACCCUUCACUGGUUCAGCAUCAUCUUCCUCAGUCCUGCUUGCAGCAAGAGCUGGGUCACGAGCCCGGGACAUCCGAAGAUCACACGACAUGGCCUCAGUUUGGGCAAUCAUCCCAUUCAUUUGGACCUUCUCUGCAUCAGUCUAGUCUCCAUGUGCAGGGGUCUGGGUCUGGAGAAGGAACAAGGUUCAGUAAUGGACUGAACUUCGGUUCCGGGUCCUCGGACAAAUCUCUGGGGUCCUCCAGCACAAAGAAUGUUCCAAGUUCUGUAUACACUGGAGUCCCUUUCAGCAGUGUGAUCCAGAUGAGUAAAGAGCUCAUGGAGAACUGGGAAGAAACUACACCUCACUAUACGCCACCUCCGAUGCUGAACCCGACACGUAGUGGAACGGGGCUCUUCUGCAAUCUAUUGUCUUCCCUAGCUGUGGAAAACAGAGCUCUGUGGACAGACGAGAGGAAAGAUGAUGAUUCACAAAGGUUCAUAAAUAUAGGCCCAGAGUUCCAAGCUGAGCUGCCAGAUUUGAUAACAGGAAGAGAGCCUGAGGUGUGUCCAGAGGAACCAGUCAGGGAGGAGAUGUUGUGGAAACCUUGGGCAGAGCUAGAGGAAAAUGACACCCUUUUACAGCACGUGGAGAAUCUUCUUGACCUGAGUGCCUCCAGUGUUCUACCAGGAGGUGGCGCCAAUCUGGAGCUUGCUCUUCAUAGCCUGUCUCAUUGCCAGGGAAACAUUUUAGCAGCACUGGAGAUGCUGUUGUUUGAAAACUCCCCUCCAUCAGAAAACUAUCACUAUUCUGGCAUGGACAUGUGGACUUUGAGUGAACAAAAGCUGUUCCAUAAAGCAUUUACAAUUUAUGGGAAAGACUUCUCCUUCAUACACAAAAUGGUGAGAACAAAGCAGGUGUCACAGUGUAUUGAAUUCUACUACAACUCCAAGAGGCUCUCAGAGAAACAAAACAAGCAGAGGGAGAGAGAAAAGGAAAGUCUGGAGGAAGAGAGAAUUGCAGCCAUCAUCAGUCAGCAGGUGACACCAGCCACAAAGAUGAUGGUUAACCAAGCCAGCAUUGACAGAUUGAUUCCUACCCCACCACUUCCCACAAACUUUCCCUGCAAACAGUGCGGAAAGAUGUUCUAUAAAAUCAAAAGUAGAAAUGCUCACAUGAAGAUCCAUCGGCAGCAGCAGGAGGACUGGAGGGAUAAACUACAGAUACACCCUAACCAUCACCACAACCUUAACCUGACCAGAGCACUGACUCAUCCAAACCAGCAGAUCCUAACCCCGAGCCACCAUCAGAAUCACAUCCUGACCCAAAGUCUGAUUCAGAAUCUGGUUCAGUCACAGACCCAGUUGGCUUUUCUUCAAAGCACAAAGACUCAGAGUACAUGCCCGGCCGGCAGUACCAGUUGCAUGGCUCCCACCCAGAAUCCACAGAUUGUGUCUAAAGCACCUCCGUUACCCCUCCACACUGGGCACCAGCAGACAUGGGGCUCCCUUCACAGUGUAGACACAGGAGGACUGUUCUAUAACAGAGGAUCCAUGGUAAACGGGCUCCAUUUGAGCAUACAGGACAGUGUCAGUAAACCAUGGGCUGAUACCCAAUAACUGACAUACCAAAACUGACUUGAACUAUUUUUUAAAAACUUCAAUGCCAUAAGAACAUAAGAGAUAUAUUACUGCUUUCAAGAGUGUUUUUAAGGACUUUGCAAAUCGAAGAACCCACUGUAAUGUGACAAAAGGAUGCCAAGUUCUUGAAGGAACUGUUUUUAUUUUAAACAGCACGUGACAACGUUUAAGAUAAGUUUAUUAAAUAUUACGUCAAAUCUAAAAAUAUAGCUUCUGAAAUUCAAGAAAGUUCAGUUGCUGCCUUAAAGUAAAAUUAACUUUGCUGUACAGUAAAAUGAACUUUGUUGUACAGUAAAAUGAACUUUGUUGUACAAAUUUCUCAACUUGAAUUAAAACAAGUUGCCA